AUGAUCUCAGUCACAGCUGAAGAUAUCACUGUGACCGAAGAACGAACAAGACAGUAUAUCGAGAUAGAUGCAGGAAAGGUGAUUGAAGUUGCCAACAGCAAAUGCAGAGCCAUAGGUGGCUUGUGUAUUCCUGGGGAAUGUACUAUUUCUCUUGGCAAACAAGACUGUGUAAUGGGAAUAUGCUGCAAGCAAACGUCAAAUAACAGAAAAAUGACGACCAAAAGGGAAAAACGAACGGACACCAAUGAAGAGAACAAAGAGUCACAUCUAAACAUACAUAGCUCACGUAAACCAGACAUAUACCACCCAGAUCGUUACAAGUCUUUAACUUCUGACAACAGACUUUGCCAUCUCCACAGUUUUUUUGAGGGAUUCAACACAUUAUUUUUGUAUUUGGAUCUCGACAUUUACCUCCUUUCCCUUUACAAGUUGACAUGCAGCAAAAAAAAUGAAUUACUAAUAACUCCUAACAACUUCUCCAGCUCCUACUACUGCUGCAGCUCCAUCCUAUACCCCAGCUCCAGCAACUACUCCAGCUCCAGCAACUACUCCAGCUCCAACAACUACUCCAUCUCCAACAACUACUCCAUCUCCAACAACUACUCCAGCUCCAACAACUACUCCAUCUCCAGCAACUACUCCAGCUCCAACAACUACUCCAGCUCCAGCAACUACUCCAGCUCCAAUAACUACUCCAGCUCCAGCAACUAUUCCAGCUCCAAUAACUAUUCCAGCUCCAGCAACUACUCCAGCUCCAACAACUACUCCAGUUCCAGCAACUACUCCAGCUCCAGCAACUACUCCAGCUCCAAUAACUACUCCAGCUCCAACAACUACUCCAGCUCCAAUAACUGUUCCAGCUCCAGCAACUACUCCAGCUCCAACAUCUACUCCAGCUCCAACAACUAUUCCAGCUCCAACAACUACUCCAGCUCCAAUAACUAUUCCAGCUCCAGCAACUACUCCAGCUCCAACAACUACUCCAGCUCCAAUAACUAUUUCAGCUCCAAUAACUACUCCAUCUCCAGCAACUACUCCAGCUCCAACAACUACUCCAGCUCCAGCAACUACUCCAGCUCCAAUAACUAUUCCAGCUCCAACAACUACUCCAGCUCCAGCAACUACUCCAGCUCCAAUAACUAUUCCAGCUCCAGCAACUACUCCAGCUCCAACAACUACUCCAGCUCCAAUAACUAUUCCAGCUCCAAUAACUACUCCAUCUCCAGCAACUACUCCAGCUCCAACAACUACUCCAGCUCCAGCAACUACUCCAGCUCCAAUAACUACUCCAGCUCCAGCAACUACUCCAGCUCCAACAACUACUCCAGCUCCAAUAACUAUUCCAGCUCCAAUAACUACUCCAUCUCCAGCAACUACUCCAGCUCCAACAACUACUCCAGCUCCAGCAACUACUCCAGCUCCAAUAACUACUCCACUCCAGCAACUACUCCAGCUCCAACAUCUACUCCAGCUCCAACAACUACUCCAGCUCCAACAACUACUCCAGCUCCAAUAACUAUUCCAGCUCCAACAACUACUCCAGCUCCAGCAACUACUCCAGCUCCAACAACUACUCCAGCUCCACUCCAACAACUACUCCAGCUCCAGCAACUACUCCAGCUCCAGCCACUACUCCAGCUCCAAUAA